AUGGCAGAGGCUGCAGCUCCCGAAACAACAGCCAAACCAUCAGGAGCAGGAGAGGCUGCGGCGGUGGCGGCAGUGGCGGCAGCGUCGAUGGCCGCCUCCCGCACCCGUAUCCCCACAGCCACCUCCCCGUCCGCGGGGGCGGGGGGCCGGGGAGGCAGCGGCGGCGGCAGCAGCAGCGGCGGCAGCGGCGGCGGCGGCGGCGGCGGCUGGACGAAGCAGGUCGCCUGCAGGUAUUUCGUGCACGGGGUUUGUAAGGAAGGAGAUAACUGUCGCUACUCGCAUGACCUCUCCGACAGUCCAGACGGUGUGCUGUGCAAGUUUGUCCAGCCAGGGCACUGUAUGGACGGAGACCGCGGCAGAUCCGGACAGAGCAAACCACCGAGACAGGAAGGGGCCGCUGCUGUAGAUCUCACUGCAGAACCAUCCCGUGCCGCUUCCUCAGGUCUCUCACGGGCAGUUGGACCGAUUGGUGAAAUGAACGCGGGUGAGGCCGAGUCAAGAAAUUCAAACGUGGCCACUGCCGGAGCAGGUUCAGAAGACUGGGCGAAUGCCAUUGAGUUUGUGCCUGGGCAGCCCUACUGUGGCCGCACUGCCCCUUCUUGCACCCAAGCAGCCCUGCAGGGCUCAGUGACCGAGAAGGAGCCAAAGAAGGAGCCAAGGGCCGUGGGCACGAAGAAGCAGCUCUGCCCCUAUGCCGCGGUGGGGGAGUGCCGCUACGGGGAGAACUGCUUGUACCUCCACGGAGACGCCUGUGACCUGUGCGGGCUGCAGGUCCUACACCCACUGGACGCUGCCCAGAGGUCACAGCACAUACGCUCCUGCAUUGAGGCCCAUGAGAAGCACAUGGAGCUCUCGUUCGCCGUCCAGCGCAGUCAGGACAAAGUGUGCGGGAUCUGCAUGGAGGUGGUCUACGAGAAAGCCAACCCCAGCGAGCGCCGCUUCGGGAUCCUCUCCCACUGCAACCACCCCUACUGUCUCAGGUGUAUUCGCCAGUGGAGGAGCGCUAACCAGUUUGAGAGCAAGAUCAUCAAGUCCUGCCCAGAAUGCCGAAUCACAUCUCACUUUGUCAUUCCCAGUGAGUACUGGGUGGAGGAGAAAGAGGAGAAGCAGAAGCUCAUUCAGAAAUACAAGGAGGCGAUGAGCGCCAAGGCCUGCAGGUAUUUUGACGAAGGCCGUGGCAGCUGCCCAUUUGGAGCGAACUGUUUCUACAAGCACGCGUACCCCGAUGGCCGCCGAGAGGAGCCACAGAGACAGAAAGCGGGGACGUCAAGAAGACACCGGGCCCUAUGAAGGAGCCGCUUCUGGGAGCUCAUUGAGGAAAGCGAGAACACCAACCCCUUGGACGAUGAAGAAGAGGCUGUCACCUUUGAGCUGGUAGGUGAAGAAGUAGCCGCAAGGUCACCAGCAAGCAGCCCUGGAGAGUGUCUCCACGUGCAAGUGUGCCCACUGCUUUGAUGGCUACAGACCAGGCAUAGAAAUGGCCUGUGUGCUUCAUAGAGAAGAAGGUAAUUUCAAGUGCAGUCUGAUUGGGAGACGGGGUGAAUGUUAAACAGUUUGGGGGACCCACUUACAAUAGCAGCAUUGAAGGCCAGACUUGGCCCUGUAAUUUAGCCCCAAGCUGUAGCCCAAUAUAAAUGUGUUAAUCACCACGAAACUGUAACUCAUCCAAUGAGUCAGCUGCCUAAUUUCGCAGAUUACUAACCAUUCCGGCACGGGCCCUCUGCCCAAAGAG